UUGUAAUAAAGCACGUGUCACGACAGUCCGCAGGUUCCAAACACUUAACGUUGGUACACGAACUCUUCCCUUACCCCCCAGUUGCGGCUUCUUCCUUGCUUAGGCUACCUACAGCUCACUAGCGUAUCAGCCCUAAAGCACUUGCUGCUGAAAGUAGUUUCCGAUAAUCCACAGGCAGUGUGUCCUUUUCCAGUGGUUCAUUCCCAACAGCUGCAGAGAAAACUCCAACGCAACGCACAAAAUGUCUGCUUUAAAACAGCAAAGCUUACUACGGGAAGCAUCUCAUCAGAUCAUUGCUGGUGGAUCGGCGGGUCUGGUGGAGAUCUGUCUCAUGCACCCUCUGGACGUGGUGAAGACCAGGUUCCAGAUCCAGAGAGGCACCAGCGACCCGAACGCCUACAAGGGCCUGGGCGACUGCUUCAGGACCAUUUUCCGGAACGAAGGGGUGUACGGGUUCUACAAGGGCAUCCUCCCACCGAUCCUUGCCGAGACCCCAAAGAGAGCGGUUAAGUUCUUUACCUUUGAGCAGUACAAGAAGCUCCUGAGCUUUACCCCACUGUCUGCGGGAUUGUCUCUGUCAGUGGCAGGGCUUGCCGCUGGCCUGACGGAGGCUAUAGUGGUCAACCCCUUUGAGGUGGUGAAGGUCAGCCUGCAGGCCAACAGAGACUCUUUUAAAGUGCAGCCCUCCACCUUCGCGCAGGCACGCCACAUCAUCCAAUCAGACGGCUUGGGCCUGCGAGGACUGAACAAGGGGCUGACCUCCACUCUGGGGCGGCACGGAGUCUUCAACAUGAUCUACUUCGGCUUCUACUUUAACGUGAAGGAUGCCAUCCCUGCCAGCCAGGACCCCACCCUGGAGUUCCUGCGCAAGUUUGCGAUCGGCCUGACGUCGGGGACCAUCUCCUCGUGCGUGAACAUCCCCUUCGACGUGGCCAAGAGCCGAAUUCAGGGCCCUCAGCCUGUCCCGGGGGAGAUCAAGUACCGCACCUGUUUCCAGACCAUGGGCAUGGUGUACCGGGAGGAGGGGUAUUUGGCCUUGUACAAAGGACUUGUUCCCAAGAUAAUGAGACUUGGACCAGGUGGGGCGGUAAUGCUCCUGGUCUACGAGUACGUCUCUGGAUGGCUGCAGAAGAACUGGUGAGAAGUGACCAACCCACCCACCCCCCGGACACCUCUCAGGACUCCACCAAACCCCCCCCACCCUCGAACCCAACCGGCCAGCCAGCCUGCCGCUUGGGAUCCACGAGGCACGUGCAUCUCUUGACCCGAGCGACCACCGCUGGUCCCCGUUUCACUGACACAACCCCACUGCACACCCACCCCACUGGAGACCUCCCCCAUCUACAGGGAUCUCUGCAGAACCACGCUCACCCACCCAGCAGUGCGCCCCCUGCUGGACGCCGCUCUCUGGAGGACUCCUCAGGGACACCACACCCCUGAGUCGCACACCCCACCUCGGUCCUGACAUUCUCAACCUGAGUCUUUGCUCAUUUUUACAAUUGCAAUUUAAGAGGGAAACUUUUUUUUAUUAUUGUUCCGAUUCCGAUCCUAUGAACAGAACUGAACUGGCUAACAGAGGGUGAAAAAAAAAUAAGAUCCAGCUGCUCUUCUGAUGCCGUUCUAAGACUUUUUCCAUGUCGGUGCACGGUGCUAGGUUGUUGCAUCGUGACCACAGCAGACAUAUAUCGGUGAUUAUGCAUGACCAUCAGGCGUAUACUGCACAUUGUCUACGUGUCGUGGUUGCUAGGCUACCUCCGCUGUCUUACCUUUUAUGUCUAUGACAGGUUCAAAACGAUGUUUACCUCAGGGACCCUGCAGCAGCGUGAUCCAAACUUCCAGCGCGUAAAAGCUCGUCAUGAGCGUGUCUUCGUUGAGUUAGCCGGAUAACCGCGCUGAGUAAAACCUGGAGCGGCUCUUUUUACUUCAGUCCAAGUUCCAGGUUUGGAACGGUGCUGGGCUUUUAUCCACACUACUUUUAUAUCAUGGCCGCCUUUUCCCAUAAUGCAGCAUUUAAAAAAAUAAUAAUUUGGCCGUGGAGGUUGUUUUGUGCAAGGCCUCUGUGUUCUGCAGUACAAGUCUCCUUAGUCACCUGACCUGGGUCUUGAGUCCUGAGGCCUUCUGGUCUAGUCAUACAACCCCCACGACAAAGUGCCUUUUUUUGUACGCCCGUCUCGUUGAGACAAAAUUAAAAGCGGACAAAACCUGGUAAUAAAUGAGUAAAUGAAC